AGGUAUGGUAUGCUAUCCCUUUCGCCAGUGACACUUUUCGCUCAUUUUUCAUUCCAAGUGGCAAGAUCAGUGUAUACACUAUUUCUUAUACAAAUACACACACAUAUAUAUGAAAUUUCAACCAAGGAGUCCGGGUGCCGUGGCAUCCCCACCCUCAUACAUAGAUCUGCCCCUGUGCAUACUACCACUCUAGUAUAGCAUUGAAUGGCUUGGUGACCAUUCCACUUCAACAUCUCCUAGGCACUUUCAUACUUCUAUACGGAUAUUAUCCUAGCAACAAGCUUUUCUAACCCGAAUAUUGUUUAUAGCAUCUUUUUACCUCUGAUGUCCUAAUUCUACGACUAUGGCUAAAGUUCUAUUACUCACAGAUGUAUGUAAAUCUAAAAUGUUAUUCUCUUGGUUUGAGUUGAACAAUUACUCAAAGUGGUCUCUCCAUCUUUCUUUGAUUUUGUUAUCUCCUGUCAACACUUAUUGAGAAUUGUCCUUAAUAUACUUCACUUAGUUUAAGUCCUUACCCUUAUUUUCUUUUAGUCGUGCUAGUUUAAACAAUUACUCCUCCACUUUUUAUAUUUCUAGCUUUUGAUACGAGCCAUCUAAAGCUUCCCCUAGAGUUUUACUAAUAACCUUUUGCUAGAUUUUCAAUUUCUUUAAAUUCUUUUUAUCUCGAAGGAAUUGUAAUUAUUUUUAAUGAAAGACUUCUGAUUAUUUCGUAUCUUCUUGUCUUCAAUGACGGAUUCAAUGAUAUUAUUGGACCAAGCAAAAUUUUAUAGCAUUCUAUUGUGAUAUUCACUGUAAAAAUAGACAUGAAUUUAGUUUUAUCAUGAAAAGGUUUUUCAUAAAUUUUUGAAUUGAAUUUGACAAGAUGCAAUGAAAGAUUUGUUUUUAAUUGCUGAAAUUAGCGACUAUUCAUGUGAAGAGGUGGUGCAAUAGGGAAAUCAUAUUGGUGGUUAAUAAUACUAAAAAAAUUCUUCGCCAGGAAUUUGUUAAAAGUAAGGAAGAAAAAGUAAAAUAAAAGAAAUGAAAAAGGGCCAAAAUUGCCCCUGUACUUUUUGUCGAGGAACCCAUUUGCCCUCCAUUAACAGUUGAGCUGUUUUAAAAAAACUGAAAACAGUAAGUAUUGAAGACAGAAGCAGCAGCUUCAAGAAUAAUAAAAUUGAGGAAAAUAUGAGGUUUGAGAAGUUUGAAAUCCAGAAAGAGAAGCUGUUUAGUCCCACUAAGUACUUUGUUGAAGAAGUUGUCAAUAGCUUUGAUGAGUCUGACCUCCACAGAACUUGGAUCAAGGUAGUGGCAACAAGGAAUUCUCGUGAGAGGAAUAAUAGGCUCGAGAAUAUGUGCUGGCGCAUUUGGUAUCUUACCCGCAAGAAGAAACAAAUAGCCUGGGAUGAUGCACAAACACUAAUAAAACGGCGACUUGAACUAGAGAAAGGUCGUUUUGAUGCAGCAGAAGAUCUUUCUGAACUUUCAGAAGGUGAGAAGGAGAAAGGAGAUAAAAUAACAUCAGAUCAUUCUAACCAUGCCAUAUCAAGGAUUAACUCAGAUACACAGAUGUGGUCUGAUGAAGAUAAACCAAGGCAACUCUACAUUGUCUUGAUCAGUACCCAUGGGUUGGUGCGCGGAGAAAACAUGGAACUCAGACGAGAUUCUGACACCGGUGGUCAGGUGAAGCACGUAGUUGAGCUUGCUCGAGCAUUUGCAAACAUGAAAGGAGUUCAUCGAGUUGAUCUCCUGACUCGGCAUAUCACAUCCUCAGAGGUUGACUCUAGCUAUGGUGAGCCAAUUGAGAUGCUCUCAUGCCCAUCUGACGCUUUUGGCAGCAGUGGUGCCUACAUAAUUCGAAUCCCCUGCAGGCCACGUGACAAGUAUAUUCCAAAAGAAUCACUCUGGCCUUACAUACCAUAAUUUGUUGAUGGGGCAUUAAGCCACAUUGUGAGUAUGGCAAGAGCUAUAGGGGAGCAAGUAAAUGCUGGAAAAGCAGUCUGGCCUUAUGUGAUUCAUGGGCAUUAUGCUGAUGCAGGAGAGGUAGCAGCCCGCUUGUCUGGAACCUUGAAGAAACUAACAGGACACUCACUAGGAAGAAACAAGUUUGAGCAAUUGCUUAAACAGGGCAGACUCACUAAGGGGGAGAUCAAUGCCACCUACAAGAUAAUGAGGAGAAUAGAAGCAGAAGAAUUGGGACUAGAUACCGCUGAAAUGGUGGUAACUAGCACAAGGCAAGAGAUUGACGAACAAUGGGGUUUGUAUGAUGGUUUUGAUAUUCAGCUAGAGAGGAAACUCAGAGUUAGGAGACGGAGAGGAGUGAGUUGCCUCGGGAGAUACAUGCCGAGGAUGGUGGUUAUACCACCGGGGAUGGACUUCAGCAAUGUGAACGCACAAGAUUCACUGGAAGGAGAUGGAGAUCUCAAGUCAUUGAUUGGCGCAGACAAAAGGCAAAAGAGACCUAUACCACAUAUAUGGUCCGAGAUCAUGCGAUUCUUCGUUAACCCUCACAAGCCUAUGAUACUUGCACUGUCACGUCCAGAUCCUAAGAAGAAUGUAACUACUUUGCUCAGGGCUUUUGGAGAAUGUCAAGCACUUCGAGAACUAGCCAACUUGACACUGAUCCUAGGUAACAGAGAUGACAUUGAUGGCAUGUCCAAUAUCAGCUCUGCAGUACUCACAACAGUAAUAAAGCUCAUUGAUAAGUACAAUUUGUAUGGCCAGGUGGCAUAUCCAAAGCAUCAUAAGCAACCAGAGGUUCCUGAUAUAUAUCGUCUGGCUGCAAAAACUAAGGGAGUGUUCAUCAAUCCAGCUCUUGUUGAGCCAUUUGGCCUGACUCUUAUUGAGGCAGCUGCUUAUGGUUUGCCUAUAGUUGCUACCAAAAAUGGAGGGCCAGUAGAUAUACUCAAGGCACUAAACAAUGGGCUACUCAUUGAUCCCCAUGGUCAAAAAUCCAUAGCAGAUGCUCUUCUAAAGCUUGUUGCUGACAAGAACCUACGGCUGGAUUGCCGUAAAAAUGGCCUAAACAAUAUCCACUGUUUCUCAUGGCCAGAGCACUGCCAGAAUUACCUCUCCCAUGUUCAACGCUGCAGAAAUCGCCACCCUGCCAAUCGUCUUGAGGUCAUGAAGCCAACUCCUGAAGAACCUAUGAGUGAAUCAUUAAGAGAUGUUGAAGACCUAUCUCUUAAAUUUUCCAUUGAUGUGGAUCUCAAGGCCAAUGGAGAGCUUGAUAUGGCAAAAAGACAGCAGGAACUUGUAGACAUACUCUCACGGAAAGCUAAUUCAAUUAACAAGCCUAUUAUUAGCUACUGCCCUGGGAGAAGGCAGGUCCUAUAUGUAGUGGCAAUUGACUGUUAUAACAGCAAAGGAUCUCCAACAGAGACCUUAUCUCUAAUGGUCAAGAAUAUAAUGCAAGUUGCAGGAUCCAGGUCCAGCCAAAUAGGUCUAGUUUUUUUGACAGGGUUGAGUCUACAAGAGACUAAAGAAGCGCUAAAUAGUUGCCCAACAAAUUUAGAACAUUUUGAUGCAUUGAUUUGCAGCAGUGGAAGUGAAAUAUACUACCCAUGGAGGGACUUAGGACUAGAUGACGACUAUGAAGCCCACAUUGAGUACCGGUGGCCGGGUGAGAACAUUAAAUCAGCAGUGAUGAGACUUAGUAGAAUUGAAGAAGGUUCUGAGCAUGACAUUGCACAAUGCUCCAGUGCAUGUAGCUCUCGAUGCUACUCAUAUAGCAUCAAGCCAGGAACCGGAGUAAGGAAGGUUAAUGACCUUCGUCAGAGGCUAUGCAUGAGAGGCUUCCGUUGCAAUGUUGUCUACACACAUGCUGCAUCAAGGUUGAACGUGACACCAUUAUUUGCAUCGAGAUCCCAAGCACUUAGGUAUCUCUCAGUUAGAUGGGGAGUUGCUCUUUCCACUAUGGUUGUUUUUGUGGGGGAAAAGGGAGAUACGGACUAUGACAGCCUGCUUGUGGGACUUCACAAGACUCUUAUUCUAAAACGAAGUGUGAAACAUGCCAGCGAGAAGCUUCUUCACAAUGAAGACAGCUUUAAAACAGAUGAUGUAGUGCCUCUAGAUAGUACAAACAUAUGUGCAGCUGAAGGAUAUGAACCCCAGGAUAUAUUUGCAGCCUUGGAGAAGUUAGGGGUCAUGUAAAGUCUCGGAUGAUGCUUUUAAUUUGCAACAUCACAUGUAAAACUUCAGUGAAAAAUAAGCAUUCAAGUAAAAGUUUGGGUUUCAAUCUUAUACUGUGUAAAAAUAUCAAGUCACAUAUACAAGUUCAUAGUACAGCAAGAGUUCAAAACACAGCGAACGAAUAUAACAACUAGUUUUAUCUGAUAUCUUAGAGGACUGCAUUUUGAUAAUCUUCAAUUUUAG